CACUGCGGGAUUCCUAACACGCGAAGAGCAGCCAUUGUAAGAGAAAAGCGUCGCGCACCUGGACGUCAUUGUCGCCACUGCAGACGGCGGGGCUUCAGUGCGUCACAGAAGAUGGGGCCACGCUGGACCCCCGCAUCGCAGAGCGACGUGACGGGGCGCCCCCGCGUGGACUGCUGGCGGCUGCGGCCGGAAUGCUGACAUGUUGGCGCGGACGGCCGAGGAUGAAGCAGGCGACAUGACUCAAGCAGCCCAUGCCAAGCAACCCAAGUACUCGCCCAAUGAGACGGUUCAGAUCUACUCCGACUGGGCCAACCACUACCUGGAGAAGGCCAAGUGCAAGCGACGCAUCCGGGACCUCCAGGCCGACGUCGCCGACGGGGUGCUGCUGUCCGAGGUGGUGGAGGCCGUCACCGGGCAGAAAGUUCCUGACAUCAACAGAAAACCGAAGAGCUCUUCACAAAUGAUCGAGAACAUCCAGCGGACGCUGUCCUUCGUGGAGGGCCUGGGCGUGCUCCUCGAGGGCAUCUGCGCCAAGGACGUCCGCGACGGCAACCUCAAGGCCAUCCUCGGACUCUUCUUCGCGCUGUCCAGGCACAAACAGCAGCAGAAGCAGCUGUCGCAGCGCGCCGCGGAGCGGGACCGCCUCGGCAGACUGGCUCCGGCGGCCGUGACGACGACAGCGGCCCCCGGGCCCGGGGCAGGCAGCCAUGGGCCCUCCGGCCUGGCGCACCCUCUGGGACACGCCAUGGGCCACCCCAUGGGACACCCCAUGGGACACCCCAUGGGACACUCCAUGGGACACCCCCUGGGACUGGGGCACGCGCAGUCGGGGCUGCCGCAGCCCAUCGGCCCCGGGCCCGCGCUGCACGCCGAGGACAUGCCACGGCUGCCGUCGCCCUUCAACGGCAAGCACGGCGCCGUGACCAGCAUCCCGGUGCCGGCGACGUCCACGCCGGUGAGGCGCAACCCGCCGGACAAGGCGCGCCACCUGCUGCCGCCCGGCGCCAUCAGCGCCAUCGGCCAGUCCGCGGCCGGGCCGCUCAAGCCCGCCUCGGCCAGCAGCUCGCGGUCCACCAGCCCCAGCUCGGCCACGCACUCGUUCAUCCCCAAGCCCGGCAACCGGGGCUCCCUCACCGAGAAGCACAUCAAUGGCAACGGCCGCCAGCACUCGCAGCUGCGCACGCCCAGCGUGGCCAGCCCCUACAGCGCCAACGCGGCGCCGCCCAGCAGCGGCAAGAACUCGUCCAUGCUGGACAAGUUCAAGCUGUUCAACAACAAGGACAAGACUGAGAAGAUAAAGAGCAGCAGCUCCGCCACCACCGGGGUCUCCAAGCGCACGUCCAGCUCGAGCGGCUUCAGCUCGGCGCGGUCCGAGCGCAGCGACUCGUCCACCAGCCUCGACGCCAAGCCGUUCUCCGGGCCCAGGGACUCGAAUACGCCCCAGGGCCACUCCCUGCUGCCCAACUACGCCGCCAGCCACGACGCGGCCAGCCCGUGCCCCAGCCCCAAGCCGUCGCUGUCGGGGCUGCGCAGCAAGAUCUCGCGCGGCAAGGACGCCAAGCAGGGCCAGCAGGGCUCGCCCAAGAGCAGCGCCAAGGCGGGCGCCAAGCAGCAGCACCGGUGCUGA